UUCGUAUCGCGUUUUCACUGUCCAGAAAGAUCUAGAAAUAACGUAGCGGACGCAAGCUUGUGGGCGUAAAUUUGCAUCGAAGACGCCAGGAGGCAGGUUCUCGGCACGGCUCUUAGUAAGAGAUAUCUUUUACCAGCACUCUGAAUAAUAGUGGACGCACAACAUUCUAAGCAGGUUAUCUAACUGGAAGUGCGAACGACGCCACCGGACGAAGUGCAGAGAGAGAACACCGCACCGCGUGAGUUCUGUAAGGAUGGAGAAGUUUCUGGAAAGUUCGUCGCUCACAGUAGUAUAAAUGGAUCGGGGGGGGGAAGCUCCCUGCGUAUUGAGCACCGUGAGAUGCUGCGCUCGUCCUUGGGGCCGUGAAGGAGAUAAGGCAACACGAAACAGAACGUAAACACGCACACGGAGAGGAAGACAGAGAGGGGCUCCGGGGUGAAAGAUGUCCGUGGUGGGCUUCGAUGUGGGCUUUCAGAACAGCUACAUCGCGGUGGCCAAAGGCGGAGGUAUCGAGACGGUGACCAACGAGUUCACGGAUCGGUGUACGCCGAGUGUAGUGUCCUUUGGCUCCAAGAACAGAACUAUUGGCAAUGCAGCUAAAAAUCAGCUUAUUACCAAUUCAAAGAACACAUUGUUCAACUUCAAAAGAUUUCAUGGCAGAUCCUUUCAAGAUCCUGUUGUCCAGAAUGAGAAGUCUAACGUGCCAUAUGACCUGGUGCCCAUGAAGAAUGGUAGAGCUGGUGUUGAGGUGAUGUACCUGGACAAGAAGCAUGAGUUCAGCACAGAGCAGCUCACUGCCAUGCUUCUGACCAGGUUAAAGGAGACAGCUGAAGCCAACAUACAGAAGAAAGUGGUGGAUUGUGUCAUUUCUGUCCCUACCUUCUUCACUGAUGCAGAAAGGAGGUGUGUGCUUGAUGCUGCCCAGAUUGCUGGCUUGAACUGCCUGAGACUAAUGAAUGAUACCACAGCAGUUGCCUUGAAUUACGGGAUAUACAAAGAGGAUCUUCCACCCCCAGAAGAAAAGCCCAAGAUUGUGAUUUUUGUUGAUAUGGGUCAUUCAGCCUUUCAAGUGUCUGGCUGUGCAUUUAACAAGGGAAAGUUAAAGGUUCUAGCAACAGCCUUUGAUCCUGAUUUGGGUGGAAAGGACUUUGAUCAAAGACUGGUCGAGUAUUUCUGCACAGAUUUUAAGUCCAAGUACAAGCUAGACGUGAAGUCGAGGGUUCGAGCACUGCUUCGACUGCAGCAAGAGUGUGAGAAGUUGAAGAAGCUGAUGAGCAGCAACUCAACGGAUAUCCCUCUCAACAUUGAAUGCUUCAUGGAUGAUACAGAUGUGUCAGGCAAAAUGAACAGAGCCCAAUUCGAGGAGCUGUGUGCAGACCUCAUAGAGCGUGUGACUGUCCCGCUGGUGGCUGUGAUGGAGCAGGCUCAGCUGCAGCCCCAGAACAUCAGCGCUGUGGAGGUUGUCGGGGGAGCGACCCGCAUCCCUGCCAUCAGAGCCAAAAUCGUCAAGUUCUUCGGAAAGGACGUCAGCACCACACUUAAUGCAGAUGAGGCUGUGGCCCGGGGCUGUGCUCUGCAAUGUGCCAUCCUUUCACCUGCGUUUAAAGUGCGAGAGUUCUCCAUCACAGAUGUUACCCCAUUCCCAAUGUCGCUCUCCUGGAGUACUGAAGGAGAUGACCCAGCAGGAUGCCAUGAAGUCUUCUGCAAAAAUCACAUGAUCCCUUUCUCCAAAGUUAUUGCAUUCUACCGUAAAAAUCCUUUUAUUCUUGAAGUCUUUUAUUCAGACCCAUCAUCAUUGCCAUACCCCGAGGCAAAGAUUGGUGAAUUUUCAGUUCUGAACGUAUCCACCCAGGAUGAUGGGGAACGGUCAAAAGUGAAGGUGAAGGUGCGAGUAAACGCAGACGGAAUUGUGAGCGUGUCGUCUGCUGCCAUGAUUCAGAAAGUGAGAGCGGAGGACCACAAGACUCUCGCUGUAGAGAGUGUGGAGGAUGAUGCAAAUGCACAAGAGACCGAAGACAAUCUUGACACUCAGGAUAAGACACAAGAGAAAAAUGAAGGUGACACCCAGAUGUCUGUAGAUAAUGAAAACCAGCCGGCGCCCCAGUCUCCUCCAGCGGAAAAAGAACACAGCCAUAGCAGCCCACAUGCUUUAAACGGGGAGUGCAGAGCUCACCAGCCUCCUGAUGCCAAAAAGCCUAAGAUGAAGACCAUGCAUGUGGGGCUGCCCAUCGAGGCAAAGCUGGUGCAACAGCUUGGAAAGGAACACCUGAGCACAUACACACAACUAGAGAGCGAGAUGAUACUGCAAGAUCAAAGGGAGAAGGAGAGGAACAACGCCAAGAAUGCAGUGGAGGAACAUGUGUAUUAUUACAGGCACAAACUUGAGGGACCUUACCUAAAUUUCCUCAACUCGAUGGAUCGGAACAAAUUCUCUGAGCUCCUGGCUCGGACAGAGAACUGGCUGUACAAUGAAGGAGAGGAUCAGGAAAAACAAGUAUAUUUGGAUAAGCUUGCUGAAAUCCAGAAACUGGGAACUCCUGUUCAAGAAAGAUAUGAGGAAGCAGAACAGAGACCUAAGCUUUUUGAGGAGCUCACAUCCAGAAUCCAGACCUAUGUGAAGAUUACAGAGAAUUACAGGAAUGGGGAUGAGAACUAUACACACAUAGAUGCACCAGAUAUGGAGAAGGUGAGCAGAUGUGUGAAAGACACACAGGAGUGGAUGGCCAACGUGAGAAGUGCUCAGGAUAAGCUCCGUCACGAUGAGGACCCGGUGGUCCGUAGCACUGACAUCCGUGCAAAGCUUCAGGAGCUGGAGCGUGUGUGUGAGCUGGUGGUCACCAAGCCAAAGCCAAGGGUAGAGUCCCCUGUUGAGGAGACCACACAGGCAAACAGCACCUGCAGCAAGAAGGGUGUGGAGGAUGUGACAAUGGAACAGGAGGCAGGCCUACAUAAUGGAGAAAAGCCUAUGAAUGGCAUGGAUCUGGACUGAACCUUUGGUUCAAACCUGUGUUGCAUCAAGGACAAAAUGAGAUGAUCACAAUGUGAACUUGGUCAUGGUCUUUUUUUUUUUUUAUUAUUUUUUAUUAAAUGUAUUUUUUAAAUGGGGCAGGUGUUAACAGGAUUAUUGAUGCUUUUCUGAAGCACUUGUUCUUCCCAGUAUACUUCAACAUUUUUGCAGCCUCUAUUCCCUGCCCCCCCAUGCCCAUUUUCUCUUGACCUGACCGUCUCAUACUUUUUGGUAUUGGUUAGCUUAUGUGUUGUGUGUUAGGUUUUUUUCCUUU